ACAGGAAGACUGAUUUUUCCUCUCUCAGAGUGGGAAAAAAGGGAUGGAAGGAAGGAAGGAAGGAAGGUUUGGCUAGUGGCUGGAGGGGGACGGAGGCAAGAGGUGAUCUCCUCAUCAGAAACGGAGCAGUACCAUGGGAGAUAUGAAGACGCCAGACUUCGAUGACCUGCUGGCAGCCUUUGACAUCCCUGACAUGGUGGAUCCUAAAGCGGCUAUUGAAUCUGGCCACCAUGAUGAUCAUGACGGACAGCUAAAGCAACCCAGUGGUGCGGUGAAUACAAAUGAAGAUGAUCCCCACAACCCCUCAACAGGACAUGACAUUGGCGUUAGUGUCAUUGUUAAGAACACCCAAAAAACAGACAGUAGUGAGCUUGGCAGAACAAUGUCAGAGAAGAAUGAACAAUGCCCCUCCCUACCCCUUUCUGGCAAUGGACUUUAUAAUGGACUCUUGCAUGCAAUAUCACCAGGUACUCAUUACACCAAGAAUGGAUGGAAAGCUCCCAGAGAGGAAGGACUGUCAGUUAACAACCAAUCAUCUACCUUUAAUCAGUUUAGCCCCAUCUCCAGUGCUGAAGAGUUCGAUGAUGAUGAUAAAAUUGAGGUAGAUAGCCCCAUGGACAAACAGAGAGGUCAAUCAUUCUUUAUGUCCACUACUAAGAGAGAUGGCCAGAAUCCCAAAUCUCCUGUAUCAGUGGACAAUGUUUCUAAGCCCAGAGCAAACAGAGACCUAAAACAAGACCAAAACAAGAACAAGUCUAACGACCCCCCUGAAUCAAGUUUGCCUAAGAACGAACUAAAGCAAACUGCCCUCAAGUCUGAAGGUCAGGAGUACAAGGAGACUGGAGAGCCAUCAGGGCUUGUUAAUGUGUCCAGUAUGUCUCAAGUCAAAGCCAAGUCCUCUGCAAAGCUUUCAUCUUGUAUAGCAGCCAUAGCAGCCCUCAGUGCCAAAAAAGUUAGUCCUACAGACUUGGAUUCUCCUACAACACAGAAAGAAUCCAUCCAGGCCAAUGAAAAUCCCAGAGCUCCAGAGAAGCUGCAAGAGCAGGAUUCAGCCCUAGAAUUUGCAAAGAGACUGCUAACAAGACAACCAGACAGCCCCUCUAGUGUCACCAGCGAGGUUAGCAGCAAAGGUUCCCCAUCCUCAAGCACAGACACCACCGCGGUCAUCCCAAAAGUCAGGAUCAAAACAAUCAAGACCUCAUCCGGCCAGAUCAAGCGUACUGUCACCCGAGUUCUACCACAGUUUGAUGCUGAGGGUCUGAGAAAAGGAGAGAAUAGCCCACCUGUCAUGUCAACCCCAAGUGCAGCUUUUUCAUCUCCAACAAGAUCCUCUCAGUCAACCACAGUAGUGGCCACCACUGGAGGGCCUUCAAUUGAAAUAACCAAGCAAAUGACUAUUAAACCUGUGGCAACUGCUUUCCUGCCUGUCUCAGCAGUCAAGACAAGUGGAUCCCAAGUCAUCAACCUGAAGCUAGCUAACAACACCACCGUUAAAGCAACAGUAAUCCCUGCUGCAUCAGUGCAAAGUGCCAGCAGUGCCAUCUUGAAAGCUGCUAAUGCCAUCCAGCAACAGACUGUCAUGGUACCUGCCUCCAGUCUGGCUAAUGCCAAAAUUGUGCCAAAGACAGUCCAUCUUAGUAACCUCAAUCUUCUUCCUCAGACUGUAUCCUCUGCUGUCUGUGAUCUCCAACAGGCCCUCUCCUCUUCCAAACAACCACAGCAUCAACAAUCACAAAUCAAACAGAAAACAAUUCUCGCUGGCCGGGCCUCAAAGAAAGUCUCUAGGGUUCAAGUGUUCACUAGCACUCAAAGCUCUGUAGUGGACGCCUUCAAUAAAGUCCUGAGUAGCAUAAAUCCUGUCCCUGUGUAUGUCCCAAACCUCUCUCCACCAACUUCAGCUUGUAUCUCUAUACCCUCACGUGGCUACAAGUGCCUGGAGUGUGGAGAUUCAUUUGCUCUUGAGAAGAGUCUGGCACAGCACUACGAACGUCGCAGCGUGCGGAUCGAGGUCACCUGCAACCACUGUGCCAAAAGUCUUGUGUUCUACAACAAAUGCAGCCUCUUGUCUCAUGCCAGGGGCCACAAAGACAAAGGGGUUGUUAUGCAGUGCUCACAUCUAAUCCUAAAACCCAUCCCUGCAGAUCAGAUGAUAACCACAUCGCCCUCUUCAGGCCCACUCAAUAUCACUAGCACCAGCUCCACAUCCCAAGCGCAAGCACCCACUAGUCAAAUCCCAGCAAGAGCUACUGGUGUUGGGUCCCAAACUGCAGUGAUUUCAGCUCCAAGCAGUGCUCCUCUUGGGGCAGCCAUGCCCUUGGAGGAUGAUGCAUCAAAGCUUUGCAGGCACAGCCUCAAGUGCUUGGAGUGUAACGAAAUAUUUCAGGAUGAUAGCUCACUAGCUAUGCAUUAUCAACAGCCACAGGAGUCCAGUGGGCAGAAAACAUGCACCAUCUGCCAAAUGCAUCUCCCAAAUCAGUGCAGCUUUCUGUCACACCAGCGUAUCCACCAACACAAGUCUCCUUACAUCUGCCCCGAGUGUGGUGCCAGCUGCCGUUCUGUCCACUUCCAGUCACAUGUCACCAAGAACUGCCUGCAUUACACCCGUAGAGUCGGCUACCGCUGUAUCCACUGUAGUGUGAUCUUCGCUGAUGUUGCAACUGUAAAAUCCCACAUCCAGAGUACUCACUGUGAGGUCUUCUACAAAUGUCCUCUCUGCCCCAUGGCCUUCAAGUCUGCGCCUGGAACGCACUCCCAUGCCAACACACAGCAUCCAGGAAUGAAGACAGGAGAGCCCAAGGUGAUAUAUAAGUGUUCCAUGUGUGACACCGUGUUCACUUUGCAGUCCCUGCUCUGCACACACUUCGACCAGCACAUUGUUAAUCAUAAAGUUUCAGUGUUCAAAUGUCCAGACUGCUCCUUGCACUUUGCACAGAAACAGCUCAUGUUGGACCAUAUCAAGGUCAUCCAUGGAACACUGAAGACCAUCGAGGGUCCACCAAACUUGGGCAUCAACCUCCCCCUCAGCACCAAGCCAACUAACUCCAACAGUACAAACAGCAACACCCCCAGUAACAAUACUAAUAAUAAUAAAGAUGGAGGAAAUGUCAUUGGUCAAGACAAGGGAGAAAAGAAGCCUUCACCACUAAAGAAAACAAACAGUAAUUGCUCAGCAGACUUCAAGAACCCUGCAAGCUCAGGAUACACAUGUGAAGACUGCAAUACCCUCUUCAGCUCAAGGGAGGUCUUCGUGGCUCACAUGAGGCGCGAACAUGGCAAGAUACUGAAGAAACACCCAUGUCGACAGUGUGACAAAUCCUUCAGCUCUUCCCACAGUCUUUGCCGACACAACCGUCUCAAACACAAAGGCCUGCGGAAGGUCUACACCUGCCCGCACUGUCCAACUCUCAGUCAGCCGUUCACUAAAAGAGUGCUGCUGGAUCAGCACAUUCAGCUGAUGCACAGAGUCAAAGAUCCAGAGGGGAAUACUGUCAACUCUGAUAAUGUGAAGGCUUCAACUGACAAGAAAACGACCCUUAGCCCCAAAAGGAAGCCAGAAGACGAUGAGGGGUCUCCAGGCUUGAACACAAGGGGCCCCGACUCACAGCCGUUGAAGAGGCUCAAGGUAAACAUCCUUAAAGUUCACAAGUGUGCUGUCUGUGGCAUCACCACUGAGGACAUUGCGGCUUUCCAUGAACACAUUCCCCAGCACAAGUCUGAUGGCUCGUCCUACCAGUGUCAGGAAUGCGGCCUGUGCUACACCUCCCAUCGCUCGCUGGCCCGACACCUCUUUAUCGUCCACCGGCUGAAGGAGCCACAUGGUCUCGCUCGAAACAACGGACUGGGCAAGGACGACGAUGAGAGUCGGAGAGAGAACCAGCUAGAUGUUACGGACGAGAACAAUGACGGGACACCAAAUACCAAGUGCAAAGUGUGUGGAAAGACAUUUGAAACGGAGGGAAACCUGAAUGCUCACAUGAGGACACAUGGGAUGGCGUUCAUAAAAUCUAAGAGACUGGCUGAGAAGUGAGAGGAACACACUUUGAAACCAUUCCAUCUAAAGCAAACACUAUUGUUUUAAACAUAUACAGUUUGUUAAAUGGUUGCAGACAACCUACAGUAUCUCACUUGGCUGUAGUCAUGCAUAUACAUAAUGUACAUGUAGGGUACUACCAUAUGUAUCCAGUAUACACACAAAGAUAUGUAAUAAAUGUUAAGUAAAUUGAAUAAGAUAGUUUUUUGUACACACAUAGAUGUUUCUAGAGGCCUUGACUAGAUCUUUUUUAUAGAAGAGCUUUUUUAUUUUAAACAGUCUCCAUUGUUGUCUUCUCACUAGGACUAGAUAAUGUAUGAAUAUAUUGUUGUUAUGGGAUUAAUCCUCAUACAGUCAGCAGUGUUAUGAAUUUUCAAUGCUGCUAAUGUCCAACGAAUGUCUGAAAGAUGAAAACAAAUACAUAAAGUAUAUAAAACCACUGGGAGCCUAAGGUUUCCCCAGUAUAAAAUAUGUUACCCCUAACUGAGGUCUUCAAUUUCAAGUUGAAAGAUGAAUAGAAGAUUAGCAUAAAACAUUCUUAUUUUGUUUUUAUUUCAUGGAUAACUUAUAUUUCUCUCUGAGCCCGCCUUGGCUUCUUCAACAAACCCUGGCUCUGGUCUCCUUCCACUACAUCAUGAAACUACUGAUCCUAAAACAAAAUCUCUGCAUUCAUUUUGAGCUGAAAUUACAUGUAAUAGCAGAAGAUUGCAGACAAUCAGACAAAGAUGAAGCUUGUUUUCAGCCGUUUCAGCAAACCACCAUGUCGAGUUAUUAUCACUGACAUAUCAAAUACAUACACAAUCAAAAUUAUUAUAAAGCAAAUUUUUUAUAAUUAUCUCAAGCAUUUAACAUCAGAAAAAAGGAGUCUUUUAAAGACAAAUAUAUGGGCCAAAUUAGAAUUGUCUUUUAAAAAUAUAUUUUGUAAAGGAUUGUGAAAUUUUUUCAUUCGUGUCUUAAUAUAUAUAUGGCAGCUCUUUGUGAUUACACUCCAAAAAAGUGUAUUUACCUGAAUAUUUUAAAUAUAUGAUACAUAGCACUUGCCUUUUAUUUAACAGUGGUCUUCUUUACAGCAUAGUUCAUCUGUUGUUGCAGCACAAUAAAAAUAAAAUUGUAACGACCCUGUAUUUCAUAAAACAUUAUCAUUUUCUGUCUUGUUUCUUCAGUUCAGUUCUUAAUGAAUGUUCACGAUAGGAAUAACACUGGGGAAAACAUCAUAACUGAAAAAAAAUGUCUACGAAUGUAAACUUGCUGUGAAACUGAAUGAUUUAUAAAAGACAACUAGUUUAAUUGAAUGAACAAUAACUGUUUUCCAUUACUUUCUUCGUUCCAAGCAUUUCCAAAAUAUAUCAUUCAGCUUUGGACAGUAGUUUUUCUACUCCGACAUUAAGACUUUAACUGUCUUGCGCUGUAAAACUGCAUGUGAGAAACAGUCUGUGAAUUGUUUGUUGAAUUGAAUGUGUUUUGCUGCUGCUGCUGUUUUUAGAUAUUUCUGAUGUUGUGUACAAAGCUGUUCUUUAUGUCAAUAAAUAAUAAAACCUG